AUGUCGUCGGCGGCGCGGCGGCGCCUCGUGCGCGACUUCAAGCGCCUGCAGAGCGACUCGCCGUCGGGCGUGACGGCGGCGCCGAACGACAACAACAUCCUCAGCUGGCAGGCGAUCAUCUUCGGACCGGACGACACGUCCUGGGAGGGCGGCACCUUCAAGCUCGAGCUCACGUUCACGGAGGACUAUCCCAACAAGGCGCCGGCCGUGCGGUUCACGACGCGCAUCUUCCACCCGAACAUCUACAACGACGGCCAGAUCUGCCUCGACAUCCUCCAGAACCAGUGGAGCCCCAUCUACGACAUCUCGGCGAUCCUCACGUCGAUCCAGUCGCUCCUCAGCGACCCCAAUCCGGCGUCGCCGGCCAACUCCGAGGCCUCGAAGCUCUUCAGCGAGAACAGGCGCGAGUACAACCGCCGCGUCCGCGAGGUCGUCGAGCAGAGCUGGGACGACGGCGAGGGCGGCGACGACGACGACGACGACGACGACGACGACGACGACGAGACCUAG